UACCAAUCAUUCACAUAUUCUCCCCCAAUUUCUUCAUAGGAGAGUACAACAUCUAAUUCCAAAAUGAAAAGUAGUACUCAUAUGGCUGGAAGUACUCCACUCCAAAAGAGAGAAUUAGAAGAUGACAAUGAAAGCAGCAGCAGCAUGAGAACAGCUGAGACUAUGCUGCGUUUGUUGCCGAUGGGACUUUGUGUUGUGGCUCUGGUUAUCAUGCUUAAAAAUUCACAAACUAAUGACUAUGGUUCCCUUACUUACUCUGACCUAGGAACCUUCAGGUAUUUAGUACAUGCAAAUGGAAUUUGUGCAGGCUAUUCACUUCUAUCAGCAAUUGUAUCAGUUGUACCUCGUCCAAUAACCAUGUCUAAAGCCUGGACUUUCUUCCUCCUUGAUCAGAUAUUGACAUAUGCAAUACUGGCUGCUGGAGCUAUAUCGACGGAGGUGGUGUAUCUAGCAUAUAAAGGGGAUACAGAAGUUACAUGGAGUGAAUCAUGUGGUUCAUUUGGAGGCUUUUGCCACAGAGCCACAGCAUCUGUCUCCAUCACUUUCAUAGUAAGUCUUUGCUAUGCAGGGCUUUCGCUGCUUUCGUCUUAUCGGCUUUUCAGCAAGUAUGAUGCACCAGUUGGGUCCUAUAAUGACAAUAAGGAGGGAAUUGAGAUUGCUAACUAUUGAGAUUUUGAAACUGAUCCCUCUUGGUUUUUAGCUCAGUGGUGGCUUCGCUAGUUUUUGGUUUUACUUAUCUCAUGUACACGGCAGAUACUAAUAAAAUAGGUGUGAUUAGGUACAAUGGAAAGAUGUUGCUUUACUUUUUUGUUUUUUAAACUUCAUGAAAAGGAUGUUGUUUCUCUUGAAUAUCAUAUAUCAGGUAAAUUUGUGAACUUCAAA